AUGGUGUCACUUUCCACGGCUCUGUGCGCGAUCCUGCUUCUUUUGGGUUUGGGUUUGCUGGCAGUCCAUGCUGCUGCGCAUUGCCCCGCAUUCUUCAAUCCCUGCUACGACGCAGCUGGCACCCGCGAGUUUUGCUGCAAGAGCGCCCAGAACGGCCUGGCUGCGCAGACCUACGACUGCUCGAGUUCGUGCCCCCAAGCGUACGUGGCUGGCCGGUACUUCGACCGCAUUUUCACCAUCAUCUUCGAGAACACCGACUACGCGGCCGCGAUCGCGGACCCCUACUUCGUCAGCCUCACGCGGCGCGGCGACGGGCGCCUCCUGACCAACUACCACGGCUGCACGCACCCCUCCCUCCCCAACUACUUGUGCCAGUCCUCGGGAACCUUCUACGGCCACACCAGCGAUGCAGUGCUCGCAAUUAACGGAACGAGCGUCGUUGACCUGCUGGAACCCGCCGGCAUCUCCUGGAAGGCCUACAUGGAGGCCUUCAACGGCAAUUGCGACCUUACUCCGUUUACGCCGGCCGACGGGAAUGGUUACGCCAGGAAGCACGACCCCUUCCUCAAUAUCGCCAACAUCAUCAACAACCCCGCGCGCUGCGCCAAGGUCGUUCCGGCGGCGCAACUGGACGCGGAUAUUUCCGCCGGAACCGUCCCCCAGUACGCCUACUACGUGCCUACUCAGCGGAAAUUGGAACGCGGGUGUCGCUUGUUCCGCAACGUCAUCGCGGUUGUAUUCAUAAUCUUCUUUUCUUUCGAAAUCAACGACGCCCACAACAGCAACACGAGUUUCGCGGCGGGCUACCUGAAGGGGUUUCUGGAGCCGAAGCUGGCCGACCUCAACUUCUACGACGCGCGGACGCUCGUCGUCAUCACCUUCGACGAGAACGACUUCGUCGAGCCCACCAACAGGGUGUACACGGUUCUGCUGGGCAAGUUUCUGAACGCCGACGGGCAGGCGAGCAACGACAGCAGCUGCUACAACCACGCCGCAGAGCUCAAGACGGUUGAGGAGAACUGGGGGCUCGGAAACUUGGGGACUGCUGACGUGGCGGCUAAGUCGUUCUUUUCGGGCGUCAACCAGAACAACGCCUGGCCCACCGUUGUCUGUGCAAAGGCUUUGUGA